GUAUCAACAAGCCUGGUGAGUGUCCCGCCAUCCUUCCAAAUAAUCACCUAUUUUGUGACAGACUCUGCUCCAGCGAUGCCAGCUGCCCGGGCACUCAGCGCUGCUGUCCAACUUCUUGUGGGCAGCAAUGUCAACUCCCAGAAGGAGAUACUUCAGGAUAUUGCCCACUGGUGAUUCAUCCACCCAGCAGCAGAAAUGGCCCUCUUUGCUACACGGACUGCAACAGUGACUGGGAAUGCAACGCUGGUUUUCCCCUUCCCCAGAAGAAGUGCUGCCCAUUUGGGGACAGGAAGCUGUGUGUGGAGGCCGUGGAAGAACACCCUGGUGUGUGUCCCAGGAGAGUCGAAGUGUUCCCCUUUGUUCCCUGCAACAACACCUGCGGUGAUGACCGUGACUGCCGCCUGACCGAGAAGUGCUGCUUCACCGGCUGCAGCCGAGGCUGCCUGCCUUCAGUGCGAAGUGACCGGUGCCAGUUGCCUCGAGACCAGGGCAGCUGCUCAAAGGAGUUGCAACACUUCUACUAUGAUCCGGAGGAGAAGAAGUGCAUCUCAUUUGUCUACCGUGGCUGUGAGGGCAACAGCAACAACUUUCAGACCAGGGAGCUGUGUGAAGAGGCCUGUGGGAAAAUCAGCAAAG